UUAAUGUAUUAGAACAUGAAAAUACAUAUUCAACAUCAAAUUCCCCAACUAUAAUGUAUGAAACUGAUUCACAAUCUACUGUUGUAUCUGAAAUUGGCAAUAAGAAAAUACGAAAAAUUAGUGAUAUGAAAGAAGUGCAAGAGAUUAACAAUGAAGUAGAAGAAAUGCAAGAGGUUAACAAAGAAAUGCAAGAGAUUAAUAGUGAUGUAGAAGAAGCACAAAAAAUUAAUAACAAUAUAGAAAAAAUACAAAAGAUUAACAAUGAUAUAGAAGAAGUGCAAGAGAUUGAUAAGAUUAAUAAUGAUGUAGAAGAAGUGCAAGAGAUUAACAGCGAUAUAAAAGAAGCACAAGAAAUUAGCAGUGAUAUAGAAGAAGCACAAGAGAUUAACAACAAUAUAGAAGAAGUGCAAGAGAUUAAUAACAAUAUAAAAGAGGAAAUAAAUAAUAUUGUGAAAUGGCAAGAUAAUGAUAAUAUAUAUAACUUUGAAAUCAAACCAAAUUAUUUUAAAAAUAAUUAUAUUAAUAAAGCACCAGAAAUUAUUGAAAUUGUUAAUUCAGAUGAAGAAAGCUUUAGUAAAAAUCAAUAUUAUGCAGCACAAAUUGUUGAUUCUGAAAAAGAAAGCUUUAGUAAAAAUUGGCACUAUAUAGUGCAAGAAGGAAAAAUUGUUGAUUCUGAGAAAGAAAGCUCUA